GACGUUAGUCGGCGGGGCCACGUGGGUCUGGGUUAUUGAACUGCAGAGCUCCGUUCUGCGUCCAAGCCCGUCAUCAUGAAGUACAUCCUCGUGACGGGCGGCGUCAUCAGCGGCAUUGGCAAGGGCGUCAUUGCCAGCUCGAUCGGCGCCAUCCUGAAGGGCGUCGGCUUCCGCGUCACCUCCAUCAAGAUCGACCCUUACAUCAACAUUGACGCAGGCACGUUCUCGCCGUACGAGCACGGCGAGGUGUUCGUGCUGGACGACGGCGGCGAGGUGGACCUCGACCUGGGCAACUACGAGCGCUUCCUGGACGUGACGCUGCACAAGGACAACAACAUCACCACUGGCAAGAUCUACCAGCAGGUGAUCAACCACGAGCGCGAGGGCCAGUACCUGGGCAAGACGGUGCAGGUGAUUCCGCACAUCACCGACGCCAUCAUGAACUGGGUGGAGCGCGUUGCGCGCCGGCCCGUUGACCCCGAAGGCCUCGAGCCCGAGAUUUGCAUCAUCGAGCUGGGCGGCACGAUCGGCGACAUCGAGGGCAUGCCGUUCGUGGAGGCGUUCCGGCAGUUCCAGUUCCGCGUGGGUCGCGGCAACUUCUGCUGCGCGCACGUGUCGCUGGUGCCGCAGCCGUCCUCCACCGGCGAGCAGAAGACGAAGCCGACGCAGGCGUCGGUGCGCGAGCUGCGCGGCCUGGGUCUGUACGCCGAUCUGAUCGUGUGCCGCAGCGAGAAGCCGAUUGGGGCCGAGGUGAAGCUCAAGCUCUCCAACUUUUGCCACGUUGCGCCGCACCAGGUGAUCUGCUUGCACGACGUCAAGUCGCUGUACCGGGUGCCGGUGAUGCUGACGGAGGAGCGGUGCCUGGACGUGCUGCAGGAGUGCCUGCACCUGCGCCUGGGCGGCGUGCGGCCGCGCCGCUGCAUGGCCGGCUGGCGCGACCUGGCCGAGCGCGCCACGCACGUGCGCCGCACCGUCACCAUCGCGCUGGUGGGCAAGUACACCUCGCUGCAGGACUCGUACGCCAGCGUGAUUAAGGCGCUGCAGCAUGCGGCGCUGCUCGCCAGCCGCCAGCUCGACCUGCAGUUCGUCCAGUCUGAACACCUCGAGGAGGCAUGCAAGCUGAGCGACCCGGUGCGCUACCACGAGGCGUGGCGCCACCUCUGUCGCGCCGACGGCCUGCUCGUGCCCGGCGGCUUCGGCCACCGCGGCGUCGAGGGCAAGGUGAUGGCUAUCCAGUGGGCUCGCGUCAACGCCAAGCCUUUCCUGGGCGUGUGCCUGGGCAUGCAGGCGGCCGUGAUCGAAUACGCGCGCCACGUGGCCGGCCUGCCGGACGCGCAGUCGACCGAGUUCGUCAAGGACGCGACCACGCCGCUGAUCAUCGACAUGCCCGAGCACAACCCGGGUCAGAUGGGCGGCACGAUGCGGCUGGGCCGGCGCGCCACCACGUUCCGCGGGCAGCCGUCGGUGCUGCAGCAGCUGUAUGGUGGCGCCACGCGCGUGGACGAGCGCCACCGCCACCGCUACGAGGUCAAUCCGCGCUAUGUGCCGCUGCUGGAGCAACACGGUCUCCACUUUGUCGGCCAGGCCGAGGACAAGGAGGCGACGCGCAUGGAAAUUGUCGAGCUGCCCAAGCACCCGUACUUCGUGGGCGUGCAGUUCCACCCGGAGUACCUGACGCGGCCGACGCGGCCGUCGCCGCCCUACCUGGGCCUCGUGCUGGCCGCGUGCGGCAAGCUGACGAGCUACCUGAGCAAGGGGCGCCGGCUGUCGCCGCGCUACCGGCGCGAGAGCACGGGCGACACGUCCUCAGACGAGGAGCUGGCCGAGCUGGGCCAGGCCGUGGCCGGCUGCAUGGCGCCGCUUACGGAAGCCAGUGGCAAGACGCCUGAGGCGGCGCGUGACGCCGCUGCCGCCGCCGCCGGUGGUGAGGGGUCGCACGGCGUCACACCGCCCGCACCGGCCGCGUCGGGCGCUGAGGAGGAGGAGGCGGUUGGGGCGGCCGGCGCGGAGAAGGCGGAGGACAAGUCGGAGGACGGCGGCAACGCACUGGCCGUCUAACGUUCGCGUUGAGGCUUGAGCGUGGGCAGAGGCGCGGCUGUGGAUUGAUUAGAGUUUUCUGGACGCUGUAUUGCUAAAGAACGGCCGGCGGCGCUCGUGUGCCACCCGCACACCCCCUCCCUCUCCCCGUCCCCUCCUCUGCACCGGUCUGACAGCGGCGACGAGACAGUGGUGGCGAGAGUCUCACUGCGCUAGACGGGCACUGCCACUGGACGCGUGGCCGCCCCUCGGACGGCGUCAUAGGUGGCGCUGCUUUCAGUGGCGGGCGGGCUGGGCUGUGAGACGCGACUGGCGCAUGGCUCGUCCGUGGAGGGGCAUAAUGGAGUGUGUGGUAACUGUCUGGCGGGCGCGCUCAGGAACGGCACGAGCUAGUGAGUGCUGCUGAGCUCGCUGGCUCAGUCGGGUGCAGCGAGCUAAUUCCGACCUACCUGUUGACCUCCGACCGAUCUCCUGCUCAAACAGUUGUUUAGUAUGCAGUCAGUCAUAUUCGUUUGAUACUGUUGUCUUCAGUCAGAACCGCUAGCAUUGAGCGAGUCAUCAGAUUUGACUGUUGUGUUCAGGAUUUCCCCUUAAGUGUAGUGGUGAGCUAUGAGUAAUGAAAUGUCUCCAAGCUUCGGGAUGGACUGAUAUUACGAGAAAAUGGAUGUGAAUGGGUUAAAACUGAUUGGCCAAGGUUGGAUACGCUGGCGUACCUUGUGUUUCAGUUGUUGAAUGCACUGCUUCCCGUGACUAGCACGAGCCUAUGGCGCGUUGGUGUAGGGCGUAUGCUGCAACACCUGUCUGCUUCAAUGUUCCUACGGUGGCAUUAUUUCCCUCCUGUUGUCCGCAAGUGAUAUUCGUUUUUGCUCAUUGGGACAUGGCCAUAGGAUCAACUGCGA